AUGGCCUACUCACCAGGGCCCCCAUCCCCGGGCGCUGGGCCUGCCUACCAUGGUGGUUUGGCCUCGCGGACACGGUCAACCAGCCCUCCUGGUGCAUCUGGGACUCUUUCCAAGCGGGAUAAACGCCGGACGGCGCUGCAGGAACGUCUGCAUGAUUUGACAGCCACCUUCUCUCAGAACCGCGACGGUCAAUUCCGACAGCAGCUCCAUUCUCUCCAGUGCGAUAUGACCCUUAUUAACAACGCGGAUCCGUAUCAAACUGGCCCACUGCCUGACUCCUCGGAGGAUAUCGCGCAGUUGAUUGAGGAGACUGUUGGCGGCGGCAAGUUUGCCAAGGAGAUGGCGAGCUUGUCUGGCACAUGGUACUCCAAGUUUGUGCAGGAGGUCAACAAUGUUAAGGAGCAGAAGGAUGCAGAAUUGGCACAGAUCAUGAACCGACACCAAAACAGCCUUGAGCGACACCGCCGCGAGUACGAUUUCCGGGUGCAUUUUGCCAAGGAAGAAUUCAACCAGCUGUCAACUACUCUGCGCGAGCGCCUGAUGCAAAGUAUCUCAAGCAAGCGGUCCCGCCUCAUGCGCGAGAAGGAGCAGCUCGAUAUUGCCGACACCAACGCGCUCCUGCUCCAUCCCAAUCAGUUCAGCAUUACCAACCCGGCCAGCCCUGGCGGCCUCCACAGCAAUCGCAAGACCCGACACACCCGCCAUCGCGUUGACCUCGAUGAACUCGGCAACGGCAUCGUCUCAGAGUUGAACAAGCGCAAGCGCAAGGCGCCGGAGGAGGACACCGGAUCUCCCGUGCGGGACGCGGGCGGCACCACCCCCGCCGAGCGCUCCAAGGCCUACCUCGAGAAACAGACGGCAGCAACGUACUCGAUGCAAUCGCUAUUCACGGACAAGGAGCUCAGCGCACACGCGAAUCAGGCGCACGUCGCGACAGUCCACUUCUUCUCAACCUCCAAGCGCCCCGACCAGAGCUCGGGCGCCGUCACCAACGGCAACAACACCGACGCCGAGGAGACCCCCGACGCCACCGGCCACGAAGACAACGGCACCCCUAGCGCCACCGACAUGAUGCGCACCGCCAGCCAGAACUUCCACGUCACCCGCUCGACCCGCGGCACGGCCACGCACAGCGCUCUCAGCGCCCUGGCGGAGCUGGCUGACAAGAACGCGACGCGCCCGGCCCUGCCCUACCACGUCCUGUCUAACUACCACGCCCGGCCGAACGGCAAUGCGCCUCCGCUGACCUCGCUCCUGAACGAGGAGGUGGAUGACGACCUGUCACGCGUGGACCGCCUGCACAGCAGCAAGCCCGUCGGCUGGAUCGACUCAUCUCUUCUCGACCUCGUCGUCGCGCCGCUGCCUGCCGACUCUGUCGAUGGCCACCCGCCGAACCCAGAUCGCUUUACCUCGCUGCAUCCUGACUUCCCGCCUGUGGUGGGUAUGCAGCUCCAGCCUGCGCGGCCCAACCUGGGCGCCGAGAUGUUCCCGUCUGUGGUGAUGGAGCGCGAGCGCAGUAGCAAGCGGACGCGCAACCACUGA